AUGAUCGUACUCAGCCGGAUGGCGCAUAUCCAUCAACAAUGUGCACACCGGGUGCGGUGCUCUUUGCGCAGGGUGCUGGGCCGGGUGCGGGCGGCUGGAGAGCAUCGCCACCUCGUGGCCAUAAAAGCGGCCGAGUCUUAUCUAGAUGGCAGCGCCAUCUACACCAAAGAGGCCAACGGCCGCCCCCUGCAUGAGGUGAGCAGGAACCACGUGGUGGUGUGGUCGACAGGGAUAUCCAUUCUGAGUGCACUUGUGUGCAGAUAGUGUUCGAGUCGGCUGGCCUGACGAGGAGGGAGAGGCUGGCCAUCGUCACACAGCUGCUGGACGCCGUCGCCCACAUGCACCGACUAGGAAUAGUCUAUCGCGACAUGAAGCCCGACAAUGGUGAGUGGGUGACGGCCCGUGUCUGCAUGCCCGCUCACUAUCUGUUUGACUGUCUGUGUGUGUCUGUCUGUGUCUGUGUGUGUCUGUGUGUGCAGUGGUGUACGAUAGGCGGUGCAUGUCUCGGCGUCGCCAUAUUCCAUUGUUUUGGGUGUGUGUCUCAGCCCAUCGCCGCCUACAUUUUAUAUUCGGAUGGCUCAUCCACAGCAACCAUCGCACAACUCGAACCAUUCGCUUAAUCAGUGAGCUACUCACAGUCCUUCAUCACCGGCUGCUAUCAUUCUGCAAGACUGCUCGAAGCAGGCUGUCGUCCCCGCUACACUGUCGCGUCGUGAUGGAGAAGGUGCUGGAGACAUCCAGGUGGUAUUUUGGCGCGACUGAGCUGAGGAGGAGAGGGAGAGGGUCAACACACGGUGACGCGCCGCCUCAUUGGUGACGCAGCCACGGGCGGCUCCAUCGUCGACCAGCCUACCAUCGUAAGCCUUACAAUAGGAUGGAUAGGAUGGGCGAAUGGAUGGAUAGAUCAUUGGAUGUGAUGGUGUAUUUGUAUGCAGACCGCCGCCACUCCUCUUCUCUUCAAACCGAGGCCAAAGUGCCCACAUGGGGCCGUCCUUCUUGCCAGCAUCUCGCUGCAGCUGCAGGACGUCGCGAAUCCCGAUAAGAUGAAGGAGCUGAUUGAGGCGUGGCACUGGUACGUCAGUGCGCCGGCGGCCGAGAUGCACUCUGCCAAGGAGGCGCUGCAGGCGGAAGUCAGCUGCCCGCCCAUCGUAACCAUCAGUAAGAGAAACACAGAGAGGCUCAGAGAGACCAGACCAAUCGGCUCUGUGUCCAUUCAGCCAAGGAGUCACUUCGCGCCCAUUUCCAGGAGAUGGGUGUGCAGGACGACCCCCUGCAGCGGCGGUAUCUUCCGGGCGUGAGGUACCCCGACAGCCUCCUGCGCUAUUUCUACCCGGCGGUCAGCCCACACGAGACGCUCUUGACUCUCGUCGUCUGUGUAUUACAUCGUCGUGUUUUGUGUGUGUCUGCAGCAUGUUAUCGGGCAGGGAGGGUACGGGGCUGUGCAGCUGAUGGUGAGGAAGCCACGCGUGCCGCGGCAGGGUGGUGGCCGCGAGACGGGGCGUGAGGGCGAGGAGGUGGACGAGAUGUGGUAUGACUGCGGCGACGUGGUGGUCGUCAAGCUGCUCAGCAAGGCUCAGUACCUGAACGACACACCAUACCUCAUCCAGAGGGUGAGUGAGGUACCAACUGACUGGCUGCACGGGGGGCGAGCCACGCAAGCCUACAUACAGUGUGUAAGUGUGUGUGUGUGUGUGUGUGAGUAGGCGAAGGAGGAGUAAAACGCCCAGCGGCGGUCCAUGUCUCCAUGGACCGCUCACUCCUACGCCAUGGCCUGGAACGCAGACCACACCUUCCUCAUUGGCGAGUUCGUGCUCGGCAAAGACCUCCUCCGCUUCCUCCAAGACAGGUACCAACACAUAACUCCCCCCCCCACCCACACAGACACACAGCUAUCUUUGUGUGGUGGUGUGGUGUGGCGUUCAGGCUGCAUCUCGGAGUGCCCAUAGUCAUGGAUGAGGUCAUCACAAUCAGCUUCAGUGUCCUGUCCGGCACAUCGCACAUGCACCGCCUGUAGGCCACCCAAAUACCCACACCACCCGACACACACGACCCGACUCACACCAUGGCAUUGUGUGUCUUUGUCGAUCAGAGGACUCUUCCAUUGUGAUCUCAAGCUGGAGAACAUCGGGAUUAGCACAAGCCUGGAGAGGAGGUGGAGUCCCGACGGCUUCAGGGUGACGGUCCCGGCGGUGACUGAAGCCAAGCUGCUGGACUUCGGUGCCGCCCGCUGCGACCUGCCGGAGUGCGCAGCCAUACCCACACAUGGACAGACACAUGGGGCCUGAAUGGUGUGGCGUGUUUGUGUGUGUACCUUUCCAGGCGCCAUCCACGUGCGUACGGCACCCCACGUCUGUAUCCGCCUGAGAUGCAAGGUCGCAAGGUGUCUGACUGCUGGUGUCUGACUGCAGAUGGUCUCUGCACGCAUGAAUCGUUGUCUGUGUUGAACUGCAGCUGUUUCUCGAUGAGGGAGGGUUCUCGGUGGUUCAGCCCUUCUGCCGGAGGCCAGAUGUUCCCGAGCAGAACCGAAAGUGGCGCAACGUCGACGCGUUCGCAGUCAAAAUACUCAAGAAGGAGCCCAACGAGCACUCCUCAGAACUCAAACACAUGAUGGGACGCAACACGAGCACACACGACGCGAAGAUAGAUCCCUCAAACAUGAUGUAUGUGUGUGUGAGUCGGGAGUAUUUCAGUGCAUGGCGGGCUGCUCCGGUGCUGGCCGUCUAGAUACUCACCCAGAGUCCGGACGAGUCCUUCGGCGACUUCAAAUGGCGGGUGAGUGACGCAUGGGACACGAAGACACAUCAAGCACAGAUACACACCACUCUGUGUUUGUGUGGGUGUGUGUGUGAGCAGGCGAUGCAGGAGUACUCGGCGCAGCGACGGGCCAUGGCCUCCUCUACCACACACUCCUUUGCCAUGCACCCACUCGCCGACUGGAGUGCUGUGUUCAUCGUCAACGAGCUGAUCCUAGGCCAGACACUGCACGAGUUCUUCUGCACGAGGUAUGAGUGAAUGGAGAAACACACGCACACACCACAUCCGUGUGUGGCGGUUGACGCAUACACACAUACACACAUACACACAUUCUGUUCCUCAGGGUGAGUUUGGACGUCCCGAUCGACAUGGCCGAGACCUCGAUCAUCAUUUUCGGCACCAUCAGCGCGAUUCACCACAUGCACCUCACCCUGUAAGCCACAUAGUACACAACACCACACGGCAAACAUCAACUCGAAGCGACAUGAUUGUGUGUAUCGACCAGAGAUCUCUACCAUCGGGACCUGAAGCUCCAGAACAUCAUGGUCGCGGUGCGGUGGGAGGACAAGGUGAGGCGCGGCGGCCAGAAGGUGCGCUGCCCCGUGGUGGCUGAGGUGAAGAUCCUCGACUUCGGCGGGGCUAAGUGCGACCGCCUCGGGUGCGCAAAGUGCAAAACACCCAUCACACAUACAUACGCCGCACACACACACACACACACACAUGUAGCUGCUCUGUCAUCUGUGUGUGUGUGUGUGUGUGUGUUUGUGUCCCUUCCUUGACAGCAUGUCGCCAUUGGCCUACGGUACGUUCACCCUGUUUCCGCCCGGGGUCAGGGAGUGGCGCGACCGCCGGGGUCAGUGGCCCCAGGUGGACAGCCACGGCAUCGGGACGGUCCUGUUCGACUGCCUCCGCCUUGCCUCCUUGCCGCCCUCUCCCACCUGCAGUGCGUCCCAGUACAUCGCGCAGACACGCUGCGACCUGGUACGCUCUGGCCGCACGACACACCGAUGGAGACUCUCACUGCAUGAACACCUGCGUGUCCGUGUCUGUGUCUGUGUCUGUGUGUCAUUCAUGUGUUGAUUCAUGCAGUCCAGGAUCCUAGCGUUGCCUUUUGGCUAUGACGUCGAUGACUACCCCCACAUGGUGACCUCGGUCAUCCAGCGCCGUAUCGAUGAGGAGAUCGACAAAGUCCGCAGGGAGUGCAUCGUCUGGCCGGAGCAGAACAACCAGAGCGAGGCGUUCAAGGUGCUCCUCGGGGUCGCGUCACUCUUGCUGCGGGCCGACCCGGCGCUCCGCUCGACGCCCUCACAGGUGUGCAGCAUCCGCACAUAG